CCAAAAGAAAAGGUGGUGAAACUUAAGCAAGGCGACGCAAUACCACUGAAUCUUGGAGUGGUGUCAUGGUGGUACAAUGACGGAGACUCUGAAUUCAUCAUUGUCUUCUUGGGGGAAACUAAAAAGGCUUACACUGCAGGCGUGUUCACUUACUUCUUUCUAACAGGAACAAACAACAUCUUCAACGGUUUCUCGAAUGAGUUUCUCAGUAAGACUUGGGAUUUAGAUGAAGAAAGCGUGAACAAGCUCAUGAAAAGCCAAACUGGCCAAAUAGUUGUCAAGGUUAAGGAAGGGAUGCGCUUCCCAAAACCUUGUGACAAGGAUGCUCAAGGGAUUGUUUUUAACUUCAAUACCGUACCGUUCGAUGUGGAUGUUAAGAACGGGGGGCGGGCUGUCACAUUGACCCAUUUGAAUUUGCCUUUGUUGGGUGAGAUUGGGCUGAGUGCCAAUCUUGUGAAGCUUGAUGCUGAUGCAACAUGCUCAAUAGGGUAUUUGCCCGAUUCAGCAGUUCAGAUGAUCUACAUUGUUAGUGGGAGUGGUCGUGUUGAGAUCACCGGAAUCGAUGGUGCUCACGCUUUGAAAGCGAAGGUCACGGCGGGCAGUUUGUUCGUUGUGCCGAGGUUCUUUGGGGUAUCAAAGAUUGCAGAUGGUGAAGGGUUGGAAUGGUUUUCUGUCAUCACUAGUCCACUGCCUGUGUUCAGCCAUUUUGGUGGGAAGACAUCACUGUUCAGAGCUCUAUCACCAUCACUUCUAGAAGCAGCUUUCAAUGUGGAUCCUCAUCUGGUGAAGCUUUUGAGGUCUGAUGGGUGUAAUAACGUCAUUUUCGUCCCUCCACCAAAUUAG